GCUCGGUGAAGAGCAGGGCGCUCGGUCUGCACCGCCGACGCCGCUGGCAGCCGGGCUGUCUGGGAAAGGCGGACCGGCGAAUGCCCAGUGCUCGCGCUCGGCCUCUGCCGCGCCCGUUUGCGCCCGUGUCAACCUCACUCGGGACGCAGUGACCGUUUUUAAAUCACAAGGGCGUGGGUCAGCUUUCCCUAGGACUUCAUGUCUGUAUAUUUCCCCAUUCACUGCCCUGACUAUCUGAGAUCGGCCGAGAUGACUGAGGUAAUGAUGAACACCCCAUCCAUGGAGGAGAUUGGCCUCAACCCCCGGAAGGAUGGCCUUUCCUAUCAGAUUUUCCCCGACCCGUCAGACUUUGACCGCUGCUGCAAACUGAAGGACCGCCUGCCCUCCAUAGUGGUGGAACCCACCGAGGGGGAGGUGGAGAGCGGGGAGCUCCGGUGGCCCCCCGAGGAGUUCUUGGUUCAGGAGGAUGAGCCCGACGACAACUGCGAAGAGACAGAGAAAGAAAACAAGGAGCAGUAGGGUCCUAGUGGGUGCCCUGGGUCCUGCCAGCCAGCGUCUGUUCCUGAACUGUAUUUUUUCCCAUCUGGAUGGAAGAAGAGAGUGAGCCACAAUCGUUCUGAAAAUGUCAAACGAGGCUUCCGUUUUGCACCUGCAAAUCACCAAAUUGGUUUUCUUUUCUUGUCUUUUUUUUUUUUUUUAAAUCCGCUGAGCAGUGGAGCCCUCUGACAAAAACUUGCAAGGCCUUCUGAGAAAUGAAGCUGCAGAGAGCAGGGGGCGGGGGUGUGGGGAAGGGGUGCUGCUUCUGAGAUCAGUAUCUGAACUCCAACAGCCAGAGGCAGUGGGGGUCCAGGAAGGUGAGGGGGAUGGGCAAGCCGGCCAGGAACCUUUGGUGUAAGAAAGCCAACACCAGGAGAGAAAGAUACGGGGUUUUUAAGAAAGCAUUGAGCAGAGAUCUGCACCCAGGAAGUGCUUGGCGGAUUUGCACUGGCUGCUGGGGCAUCAGAAAAACCAAGUCUUCAUCUCACUCUGCUCUGCUGUCUCACCCACUGCCAGCCUUCCCCUUUUGUUCAGGAGUGUUGGUCAGUGACGGAGAGGAGAGGACAGGGAGAAAGAGAAAGGAGCUGCUUGCAGGGCCAGCUGGAGGGAUGUGCAGGAAAGGAAACCUGUCCUUCCCUGGAUUUGCCCCCAGCUGCAGCUUGCUCUCCGAGCCCAGGAGACUGGAGGUUUGUGAGAGGCAGUGCUUUUGAGCUUUACUCCCCAGAAGGACCCUUUUUGCCUGCUGGCACUUUGCAGAGUAGCAAGAGCACUUCCUGCCCUUGCUGGAGGCCCCAAGGCUGAUGCCUGGGCAAGAAGGCCCCUCUUUCCACUGCCCCCUCCCAAGACUUGCUCUCAGAGUUCAAUGGAGCCAGGGGGACAGAGGCAGCAGAGCAGGGGGGCUCCCAGCCUGCCCUUCCUUCUCCUCUACCACCCUCCCCAGCUGUGGAUUGCAGCCUGCUCACUAGCAGCCACUCCUGUGUAGGUUCUUAGCCUGUUUCUCUUGUGGGAGGAGAAGGAGAGCGUGUUCUUGGUGGAGGGGGAGCUCUGUGCAGAUCCCAGGGACUGACACAGCCUGGGAUUACUACCCAGGGGUACCAAGGCUCCCGAGGAAUAACAGUGGGAUCCAGGCUGAGAUCAGAUCAUGAGAUCCUUGCUUCUCCCCAUGUAGUUCCUGGAAGCAGGUGGGAGGAAGGUGUGGGGGUGGAGAACUCUGUGUCCCUGUGGAAGAUGGCUUUUCAUCCCUGUCCUCCUCCCACCUGUUUCCGGCAAGGGCAGCGGCUGCCUGAAGAAAUCAGCCUCUGGACUUAGAGCUUCUCGUCAUAGCUCAAAACCUUCUGCAGCAGCAGGUUGCAGGACAGACUCUCCCGCAUCUCUAUAUCCGAGCAGAACUGUGCAGCCAAGAGGUGGACCCAGAACCUUUCUUGGGUUGCGCUCGACCAACCAAGGCAUCUACAAUGUCCCCUCAGGUCUCUGGACAGUCCAGGUUGACCCCCGGUUUUGGACUUGUGUGUCUAGCUGUAUUUAAUACCUCAAGGGCAGUGUGGCUCUGAGGCACAUUGGGGCAGGAGCAUGGGGGCUGACCAGGCAGUCGGCAGGAUUUGGUUCUGGGAAGCCCAUGGUCCCCCCCCCCCCCCUUGCCCCCUCCCCCUUCCUUCUGUCGUCCGCCUGUGAUACAAAUACCGAUGGCAAUAACUUCUUCCAGCUCCUGGCAGAAGCGGGAGAGGCCUGCAGUCUGCGCUCUGAGGGGCUUCUCUCUCCUGUUGCCCCUGUCCUUCUGUUUUGGCUACAGAGACUUGUUCCCCUUUACCCUCGUCCCCGCGCAGUGUUCCUCAUCUCUUGCCUCCCUUUGUGGAUGAGGGCUUUGCCUUUUCAGUUCCUGUGUAUCGGUGUCUCUCCCUCUCUCAUCCACCACCCUGGAUCCUCUGUCCCGGUCUUGCUGUGUGAUGGGAACGUGCUUGUAAACUGCGUAUCAAAUCGACUUUGUGUAUAUGUAUGUUUAUGGGGGUGGUUUGUUCCUUUUGCUGGUCACUAGACCACUCUGUACGACCCUGCGUGGUCUGAGCAGGCCAGGGGCUGACACCUAAAGUCAGGCCUCUCAGCAGUUGAGCCUGCUGCGGGGGCCCAGCUGCUCAUGGACAAGUGGCUGAGCUCCUGUCUGGCCUCCUUUUUAUUUUUCUUUUCUUUUUUUCUUUUUUUUUUUUUUUUUUUUUUUUUUUAGUAAUUUGUGUGUAUUUCUAACUGAUCGUAUUGAAAAAAAAACCCUAGUACUUCAGUAAAACGCCUGUUGUGAGAUGAACCUCCUGUAACUUCUAUCUGUUCUUUUUUGAGGCUCAGGGAGAAACUAGCAUAUUUUUUUUUUUCCAAACUACUUUUUUGUCACUGUGACAGUUGUAAAUAAAGUUUGAAAAUGCUUUCCA